UGUUUGGCGUUACUUGUCACUCACCAGUUUAGUAGAAAACUGUAUAAAUAUUCGUAUACAACACAUUAACAUUUAUUUCGUUUGAGCAAAAAUGCCUCGUCAGGUACUCAAAUACACCGAAGACUAUUCAAGGCGUAUAUCUCCGCGAAGGACAAAAUUUGAAGUCAAAGGAAAAGUGGGCCCUCAACAGCCACAUACACAGACACAAUCACCAAAGGCGCAACCUGUUGGAAUGAAGAGCAACCCAUUGCACUUCCUCCACAAGAAGAGCAACGAGGAAAUCAUAGUCCAUUGGACUCGCGCCGAACGCACUCAACAGCCACAUACACAGACACGAUCACCAAAGGCGCAACCUGUUGGAAUGAAGAAAAACCCAUUGCACUUCCUCCACAAGAAGAGCAACGAGGAAAUCACAGUACAUUGGACUCGCGCCGAACGCAGCCAGUUUCAACCCAUUAAACUGUUGCCGCCUUGGUAAAACUUAUAGAAAUGUGACAAAAUUGGCAACUUUUUAGCGCCUCAUCGAUUAAAUAUUUGU